GUAUACGUAUGUGGCGAUUUAGUUUAGUUUGUGGGGAAUCAAAUGCAAUACUUUACACAGCGCAUUUAACUCUGAUUGGUCAAUAUUUCAGAUAGUGCACUUAAUCAGCCAAUGAAAUGCAAAUGCACUGAGACAGAGGUAGUAAACAAAACACAAGGAAGGUGCCUAUUGUCAGCUGCAUCUCAGCUGAUCGGAAGUGGAGCGCGCAACCCCAAACCAUUGAGGCUAACUUAGCUAGCUAGCGAGUGAGGGAGAAAUGACUGAUACCAUAGCUGAUACAAGGAGGCUAUUCUCCAAGCCUCAGAACUUGAAUGACGCGUAUGGACCGCCUAGUAACUUUCUAGAGAUAGACGUGAGCAACCCGGAGACGGUCGGUGUCGGCAGGACCAGGUUUACCACGUAUGAAAUCAGACUAAAGACCAACUUGCCCAUCUUCAAGUUGAAGGAGUCUCGUGUGCGGAGACGGUACAGCGACUUUCAGUGGCUCAGAGGGGAGCUAGAGAGAGACAGCAAGGUGGUGGUACCCCCUCUCCCAGGGAAGGCUCUUUCCAGACAGCUGCCGUUCCGAGGGGACGAUGGGAUAUUUGACGAUUCUUUCAUCGAGGAGCGGAGAGCUGGGCUGGAGCAGUUCCUCAACAAGUUUGCAGAAUCCUUUCCUCUUCAUCAAAUUCACUGCCUCCUGCUUCAGAUGUAACAUGGGGACUUUAUGAAUUUAAAGACAGAGUGGCUGGUCACCCCUUGGCCCAGAACGAGCGCUGUCUGCACAUGUUUCUACAGGACAAGUCUGUGGACAAGACCUAUACCCCCUCCAAAAUACGACAAGCCUAAGAGAAGCGGGCCACCACGCGGCCCAGCCCCGGCCAGGCCCCGCUCCACAACCCAAAGCUCUCUGUUCUGCUAACGGUCCUGCUCUGCUCCGACCACAAACACUUGUAUAAUCUUCAUUCUUCUUUUGUUUGCAAUCACUUUCUUUCUUUGUCUUUUAUAUCCGUGUUGAUUAGUGAUCUCAUUUAGUGCUCGUUUUCAACUCUCGAUUGGAUCAAACUAGGAAAUGGUCUACAUGUAAAAACUGUGGUUGAAAAUAAUAUAUCAUUGUUUUUGCUGUCUCAAUGACACUACCUUAUUUUACAGUAUGUUAUCUAUAUUUAUCAGUGAGGUAUGUCAUGGAUAUUCAUUUUUAAAGAAAUAUAAAAAAAAAAUACCUUUCCAUGUAUGCAAACCUCAUGUUAAAACCCCAUACAUUACAGUGUUUUUACUCUAUGUCCAAUUGGAAUUAUUGUCCUUGGCACACUUUGUCCCUGACUCUGAAAAUCACCCUUUGUGGACGGUCCAUCACCACCAUGAGCUGAAGCAUGUGUGUGUCUGUGUACUACCAGCCAGCACUUCCACUGUUCGUUAGCCUGUAAAUUAUUUUAUAAUGAGAAAAAAUGCACCAGAGAGGGGAACCCCACAGCAUUUCUACCAACUGACCAUGUGUUUAUGAAAUGUGUAUACUGCUGUGCCAUUUUGUUAUUUUGAACAUUUUCCAAUAAAAAUAGGUCAAACGCA